AUGCCUUCUAGAGUAGUGUCUACCGAAAAAGCGUCCGAGAGCUUAAAAUCACCCACGCAGCCUGUGCCGGAUAACCUGCCCUCCAUAGUGUGCACAAAGUGGGGCUCAAUGCUACUGGAAAUACAAGGUGAGUUGAACCUGCCUCCGAACAAGCCAGAGGGUCUCAACGAGCAGGAGGAGAGACUUUUCACGAAAUUCGUCUACCCUGACUUCGUUGCGGAUCCCGAACGGCUGGUGCGCGAUGCGGUCAAGUUUGGAAAGCUGGAGAUCGAAAACGACAUGAAAAGAGCGACGCUGUACAUCAGCACGUCCCAGCGUCUUGUCGGGACGGUGGAGACGAUCGACCCGCCGCUGGGACUGCUAAAAACUGACAUCGAUACAUCGGGCAAGUGCGAGUUUGUGGAUGUCAUCAGGAAGAAAGUGGUGUUUAAGCUACGGCCCCUGCCCAUUAUGUGAAAGGAUAUUCACACGCUACUCAGGGGCGGUUUUCUGACGAAUCAGGGCUUGUUGAAGCUUGCCAAACGUUUAGGACGCCGAUAUGGAAGUCCUCUUUGGGAACUGCUGUCUCUAUUUGCCCGAUCAGGCAACAUAAUGGCCUGUACCAGACGUCUCAAGUUCCUGAGCUGUUUGUGGUGGUUCCUGCCGCGGCCGACCACAUUGGCUUCAGUUGGUUCCUUUGACGUCCCGAUCAGGAAAUCGGGCUGUGCAGAGUCCGGGGUCGAGCACCUUCCCGAUAUGGACGUGAAAGGUGAAAAGCCAGACGAGAGGACGGUGGUGCUGGGCAGAGGAUGUUAUCGAUAGCACAAACGUGAAACGAGGAUGCAUUGGCGACAGGGAUUUGGCGAGGGCCAAUUUGAGCAGACAGGCGUAUAUAAGGCAGUCUGGAUCCUGUUUGCUACUCAUUAACAUCUUCACUUCAAUCGACUCCACAAUGAUCUUCAACCGUGCUACUUUCUACGCUAUGAUUCUUGCUGUUGCCUACGCUGCUCCUAUUGCAGAGGCCGAGGCUCUGGCAGAGCCACUGCCGGAGGCCAAUGCUUUGCCAGGCUGGGGUUGGCACAGAGUGAACAGAAACGAGGU